AAGCUAAAACCUCUCUCACAACAAAAUCGGAUUCUGCCGAUUACGAUGCGGGUCGCAUUGGCUUCUUAUCACAAACAAUUUACUGGCCAUCCUUCGCGGGAGAGGAACGAGCAAUGGCCAUGGUUCACUCGUCUCUGUCUUCAUCCCCUCGUCGUUGGUUGAGAUCCGCGUCGUUCCCCACUCUUUGCUCUAGAUUCUUCUUUCCUGCUUCUUCUUCUUCUGUUCGCUACCACUAUCGUGCUUCUCCUUUCACUUUCAAGCUCAUACCAGCGAGAUGCAGUGGCUCCGUGGAGGGGGGAAGCGACGCAAGCUCAAAGGGCAUCCUCUCGGAGAUGCUGGACAAGGGAGUGGAGGAGUUGCUCAGGAGCGAAGGGAACAGAGGGCUCGUAGAAGAGCUCCAGAGAGCCGAGAAGAGGGUACAGGACGCUAGAAACGAGUUGGCGGAGAUUGAGAGGCAAGAAAGAGAAGCUGCCAAUCUCAAGGAGUACGUCCGGAAGCUCGAAAUCAGAGCAUCUGAGAUUGAAGAAUGCCAGCGAGAAAUUUCUUUGGCAAGAACCAUGAUUGAAGAGGCCGAAAGCACUCUUUCAAGCAACAUAGACCGGACUGAUCCCAUGAACGAUUCAUUUAGCACUGAAACAGGUGACGUCGACAAGGAGGCUGAGAGAUGGGAAUCUGUGAAAGCUUCAUCUGUUUCUGCUGUUGUGGGAACAUUGGCAGGGCUGCCCAUAACCUUGGCGCAAGCCAAUAGCGACGUUGAGGUAUUACUGCAUGCAGCAGUUACGUUUAUCAGCUGUGCGUUGUUUGGAGUUACAUUUCGCUACACAAUGCGAAGAGAUUUGGACAAUAUUCAACUUAAAACAGGAACUUCUGCAGCCUUUGGUUUUGUGAAAGGCCUUGCAGAACUAGAGGGAAUGUUCCCAAUGCAGUUCAACGAAUACACCCUUGUGAAUUGUGCAAGGGAUGCAGCAAUAUACGUCUCGGAAAAUAUAUUUAUCUUUCUUUUUGCUGCAAUUGGACUUGAUUACUGUUUCAAGGUGAGGCUUUUGAGUCCCUUCCCAAUGCGAAGCUCAUCUUCCAGAACCACUUCGAGAUAAGAAAACAAUGAUCUUUUCAGGUCUUUUCACUUCUUACCAUCACUGCGCCUGUAUAAAAGCAACGAAGAUAUAUCUAUUAACAGCUACUGUUAAGGUGUAAUUACUCUCGAUUGUUCUAAGAGACUGCCUUUUCUUUUG